UAGGCUAUAGCUGCUAUGGUGAAAAAGAAAAGGAGAGUGAGAAAGAUGGAGUUCAACAAGAAUGGAUCCGUGAAUGUUGCUUUGCUGCUUUUCCUCUUGGCUUUCACUGCAGCUGUUGUUGCUGAUGCACGUAGUUUCGACCCAAAUUCCUUCAUCGCUCAAGUUCUCCCAAAAGGUACUGAUGAUACCAGUUACUAUGUCAAAUCAACCGCUACUGCAUGCUGUAACAGUUGCCCCUGCACAAGAUCAAUCCCUCCCCAGUGUCGCUGUACAGAUAUUGGGGAAACCUGCCACUCUGCUUGCAAAGCUUGCAUUUGUACCAGGUCAAUUCCUCCACAGUGUCGUUGUUUAGAUAUCACUAACUUUUGCUAUGACCCAUGUACCCCUGAAGGUGAAGCUCACUAAGAAUGAGUUAACGUUCCAAUUACUAUAUAUGAUGUGUGGAACAAAGUUACUUAAGCUUUGUUUUCAUGUAAUGUAAUGGAAAUGAAUAAAUAAAUGGAAUAAAACUAUGACCCUGCAGUUAGUUUGUUUUCAUCAAACUCACUGCAUGUCAACUGGGUGUUUCUUUUA